AGGUUCUUAUAAAUUAAAAAACUAAAAAUAUGAAGUCCGAUUUCUCCAUGGCUUCGAUUUUGAAAGAUAACGAAAGUAAAAAACAAAAGGUAGAGAAGAAAUUAACUAAAGAUUUGAUGCUAAGAGUAAAACUUGAGGAUAAAAAUCUAUGGGCAAGCUUUCAUCGAAUGACCAAUGAAAUGAUUGUCACAAAAAAUGGCAGACGUAUGUUUCCGGUUUUAAAGUCAUCUGUCGAUGGGUUAGAUCCUCAAUCCAUGUAUACUAUUAUGCUAGACUUUUUACCAGUAGAUGAAAAUCGAUGGAAGUAUGUUAACGGCGAAUGGUCACACGCAGGUAAACCAGAGUCUACACCACCGAGUAAAAUAUAUGUCCAUCCUGAUUCACCGAACUUUGGAUGUCACUGGAUGAAAAAUCCUAUUGUAUUUUCCAAGGUAAAAUUAACCAACAAGGAAAGUACCAAUGGGCAAGUGCUCAUGCUGAACUCGUUGCAUAAGUACAUUCCUCGCAUCCACAUUGUCAAGGUCUGCAACGGUGAAAAAAUUACGUCUACACAUACCUUCGUUGAAACGGAAUUCAUCGCUGUUACUGCUUAUCAAAACGAAGAGAUAACGAACUUAAAAAUUCGAUACAACCCGUUCGCAAAAGCUUUUCUGGAUGCCAAAGAACGAAACGAACAAAAAGAGUUUAUCGAGAAAAAAAAAUUAUGUAAUUGUUGUACUGCACGUUCUCAUUGUUACGAUGAUAUGGAAUUUUCAAAUAGACGCAAUUCAAUGGUGGACACUCAGCAACUUCAAAAUGUACUUAAUGAUAAAAUGUUAAUACGUCAACACCCAUAUUUGCACCCAUCAAUGGAAAUACGAUCUCAAAAUGCAUGUUACUCCUACGCCCGACGCAGACCAUUUUUUGAUAUACCAUCUCAUCAAUUCCUACCUACGUCGCAUACAAAAAAUUCUCAAAUGUUUUGCUAUUCAACAUCAUUGCCUAAUUCAUCUAUUUGCGAUGAUGACAUUCAUCGGCAUUCUACUAGCCCACCGGAUAGAAUAUUGCGUAACGGUUUUUCUCCAAAACUACUUUCGAAAUUCAAUACUGCAAAUCUCAACAAUGAAGCUUUUUAUGAAUCGCUUAGACGUAAACACGAGUUUGAUAUAUCUCAUCAAAGAAAAGGGCGCAUUGAGCAUUUCCAUAUUCGUCAAUGAACUCUUUUUUCCAAUUAACUUUUUGGAUACCCUUAUCAGUCGUCGAAUUUUUUUUUCAAAAAUUAAAUUACGUGAGAGUAAAUAUGAGAAAGUACAUUUGAGACAACUGUAAAAACUAUGAACUAUAAUUUAUUUCAUUUGUAUAUAUUACACAGUAUAGAAAAGUAUACACAAUAAA